AAAUUUCUCGAAGAAUGAUUUAGAUAAAUGCAAAUCACGUUUCCCAUCCCAGUGAAAAUUCCGAUUUUGUUUAGGAGUUAGCUGUGAAAAUGGAGUCCCUGAUUUUGUUCGGAGUAUUUUUCGUAUUUUCGUGUCCUUUCUAUGUGGCUGUCAAAGGAGACCUUCCUUUAGAAAACCCUGACUUGUUUGGUGGAGACAUGAUGGGCAUUGAAUUGGACGAAGAUCGUAAUGCUAUUGUGAACAAACUGCAAUUUUGGCCCGGUGGCAUUAUUCCUUAUGAACUGGAUCCUGGUUUAGAUAAAACAGUCACUCCGGCUAUUAUGACAAAUGCUAUGUGGCUCUAUAAGAGAGAUACCUGUAUUCGAUUUGUUCCCAGGAAAGAUGAGAAAGACUACAUCAGAAUUUUCCCGGGACAAGGGUGCUAUUCUCAUGUAGGCAAGACCGGAGGGCAACAACCAUUAUCUCUUGGACAAGGGUGUGGCUAUAUGGGAACAGUGUUGCACGAGCUGGCCCAUGCUAUCGGUUUCUAUCAUGAACAAAACAGAUCAGAUCGAGACGAAUACAUAACUAUUUUCUGGGAAAACAUCAAAGAAGGUUUGGCGGAUCAGUUUUUCUUGUUGAAACCUCACCAGAAUCAGCUUCUCUCUCCGUUUGAUUACGAUUCCAUCAUGCUGUAUGGCUCUUAUACAUUCUCCAAAGACUGGAGGAAUCUUAAAACAAUGUUGAGGAAAGACGGUGGCCUUAUAAAGGACGUGAUCAGAAAGUACAUGUAUAGUAAAUCGGAUAUUGCCCGAGUCAACAAAUUGUAUGAUUGCCCAAACCGUCCUAAAGUCUAAACAAAAUAAAGUCACAUAUGUUUUCA